CGGCGGGAUGGCCGACGAUGCGGAACCACCGUACGGGUUCCCAACAUGGAGCUUCCUGUACACGAUCAUCUUCUGCGUCUCGUUCAUGUCAUGCAUAUCGGCAUCCGCCACCCUGCUCCGGUCGACCAAGGCCAUCACGUCCUGUGUGUGCUACGCCAUGUUUUGGUACUUUGUGUGCAAGUCCGCGUACUCGUUUUGCCGCAUCUUGGUCCUUGCAAGUUCUGUGAGAGAGUUCCUCCGUGGGAAUUCGACAUGGCUAAUGCUGGACGAGGCGCACGACGUCGGCGGGUUCCGUCUCCUGGGCAACGAAACGUUCCUGAACCACGACAACCCCACCAGUUUGCAGCAACCCCCCGUGACCGUCAAAGUCGCGCUCUUCAUCGGCGAUGCGGCGUUGCUAUCUAGUUGUCUGUGGAUGCUCGUCCUCGUGAUGGAGCUGCUACGUCUUGUGAAAACAACCGUGGAUCGCGGCGCAGUCGCGGAAAAGCGAAUGCAUUGCUUAUACCUGUGCCUCAACCUCUUCGCCGUCGUCACGUACUUCUUGGCGCAAUUGUUCAUCUCGAUGGACCAAGGCCCGGGCCGACGAAUUCACCAAAGCGCGGGGGAAGCAUUCUACUCGGACCGAUUUGAAGCUGUUUUGAUCGCGGCCGCAUCGGUGCAAUCCCUCGUCAUCGUUGUCGUGUCCUUUGGGUACACGCGCGCAUCACGUCGCGUCGCCAUGUCACCGUAUUGUAGUGUGUUUUACCUGAACCGCACUGGGCUCAACUUGGAGAGCGUCGAAUGCAGGGUCGUCCAGUCUCCGCUGUACAAGCGCCUGAAGCGCAUCCUCGUCGUAUAUGUGGCAUGCACCGUGCCAUACCUGACCUUUAGCUGGGUCGUGGUCGGCAAGGCGUACGGGUACAUGGACCUCGUGCCGGACGAGCUCACCAUCUUGUCAUCCGCGCUGUACGCAGCGUCCGGAUUCGCCCUGGCCUUUGUCUUGGUGGCGAACCAGCGAUGCAUGCUGUCGUGGUGCAUGGUGUCGGACGAUGUGAUCCAGCAAAUCCAAGCGAACGAAGCGCCGACGGACUUUCCCGUGUUUGUCAACACGGACAUCGAGUCGUCCAGCGCACUGUGGGGGGCGUUGGGAAGCGUGAUGCACGAUGCUCACGACAUACAUGACAACCUCCUGCGCACGUUGCUGGUCCCGCACCACGGGUACGAGAUCACGACGGCCGGCGAUGCGUUUCAGCUAGCGUUCCAUAACAUUGCGGACGCGGUCGCGUACUGCUUGGACGUCCAAGAGCAGCUGCUACUGCAGCCGUGGCCACCGGCAUUUGUCGACUGCCAAAUGCCCGGCAGCGCCACGAUCACAACGCAGCAAUCGAUGCUGAAGCGGCCCAAGGUCCUGUUUCACGGCGUCCGCGUCCGCAUGGGCAUCCACGCGUCAAAUCCGGCCGAAGGCGCGCUGGUCCACCACGUCCACCCUGUUACGGGACGUGUGGCAUACGUCGGGUUGUCCGAGUUGAUCGGGCGGGAAGUCACCGACAUUGGCCAUGGCGGCCAAAUCAUUGUGACGGCGCCGAUUGUCCAGUGGGUGCGAGCGAAUGUUAUGAAUGGGACGGCAUGGGCCAAGGCGCAUCGCCUCGUGCUGCAAGAACUAGGCGUCCAUCGCGUGGCUGACCUCAAGAUCGACCUCGGGAUCGCCCAAGUCGUUCCGGCCAGUUUGACCGGCCGCCUCGCCCUCAUCCCGCCACCCUCCAAAGUCCAAACGAUGCUCACGUACUGCCCCCGCCUGAGUAACAAUUACGACCUCCUGAUCUCGCCGAAAGAGACCGCAAACGACUCGGGCGCUUCGUCGACGGCCGCUUAAGUCCCCCCCAACAAACUUAUUUAUCGCUUUCCACAUGUGCACGGGACCACCGGAUGGCCAUUUUGGGUGCCAAACUUUCCGUCUCCCGAGGACAAAUCUGGCGUUCGUUCCGUCUUUAUAGUACACAAUUGGGUAAUGCUUUGAAGAGUCGACUCCACGUCGCCUACAUGACCGGAGCGACUCGUAUUUUUCACGUGCAACGAAAUAGCAUGGGACGUGUA